ACGAUAACGGUUUGAGGGAGAGUCCACGCUCAGAUUGUGCUGCAGCGGGUUUAGAACGCCGAGCUAUGCCAGGAAAACUAUAAAGUGAAGCCAUGCUGUCGCUGCUGUGAUGUUUUAAACUAUUUCCUAUUUAUUCGCUUCACUCGGGCUCAUAAGGUUUGAUUUUUUUACAUGCGGCGCGAUUAAAUUGGAUAACAGAAGGGGCGGGAGAGCAACAAGUGGAGUGUGUCGCGGAGAGGCCGACAUUCGCCACCAGCCAUGGAAGAGCACAAGGAGCCCAACGGCGGCCGGGACUCGACCGAGGACGAGAGCCUGUCACCGAACCUGCCGUCCCCUCCCAUCAUCCUCCCCCACCAGGCCGCCCAGCAGACUCACAGAACCACCAACUUUUUCAUCGACAACAUCCUGCGGCCGGACUUCGGCUGCAAAAAGGAGCCGAGCUACCGCGAGAGGAACCAGACGGCGGGCAGAGAAAACGUCAACCCGCUGGCGGCGGCGAGGCCGCACGCCGGCAGCCUCUGCUUGGACUCGAACUGCAGCAGCGACAGCGCCUCGUCGUCGCCGUCCUCCUCGUCGUCGUCUUCGUCGCCCUCGUCCAAGCAGGCGAAGCAAGUCGAACCGGCGAGCAACGGCACGGGCAGAUAUGCCGACAGCCCCGCCGCCAUUGUGGUUAUGAACGGCAGCAAUGGAGCGUCGCCGCCCGCCGCCAAGGACCAGCAGAUGCUGUGGCCCGCCUGGGUGUACUGUACGCGAUACUCGGACCGGCCCUCAUCUGGGCCGAGGACACGCAAACUGAAGAAGAAGAAGAGCAGCAAGGAGGACAAGCGGCCCAGGACGGCGUUCACGGCCGAGCAGCUGCAGAGACUGAAAGCCGAGUUCCAGGCCAACCGCUACAUCACGGAGCAGCGGAGACAGUCGCUGGCCCAGGAACUCAGCCUCAACGAGUCCCAGAUCAAAAUCUGGUUCCAGAACAAGCGGGCCAAGAUCAAAAAGGCAACGGGCUACAAGAACGGCCUGGCGCUGCAGCUCAUGGCCCAGGGACUGUACAACCACUCCACCACCACGGUGCAGGAGGACAAGGAGGACAGCGAGUAGACACACUCUUAUUUAAAACACAUUACUCCUCUAUGGACAUCGUUGCUAUUAAAGUUUAUAUAUAGCCGCUGCAGUUAUCAUGUCGUAAACCGUAUAUUUCAUUCACUUCCGGUAUGCCCCCACCUCACCACCACCACCACCACCACCACCACCACCA